AAAAACGAAAAUGGGUAAGUGGAGGAUGUAACUGUUACUAUCAAGAAAGAGAGGGAAGAAGGCGUUAAGGCCGGCUUAUGAUCUUGCUUCAAACCAAGGAAAAACCAAUCCCUCUCUUUGCGGUCUAUUCCUUCAAGACAUGGACUCUUUCUACUUCAUUACUAUAUAUACAACUAUAACACCCUUCAGGCUUCACAACACUACUAAUAUAAUAUCUCUGCUUUUGAGUUUUGAGUUUGGAAAAACACACACAAAGCUAUAAAAUGGUGGGCUUGGAGGAACUUGUUGCUCACCCUGAUCCUGUGAUUUUGGAGCUCAACAGAUUGCAAAACCAACUCAAAGAAAAGGAAAGGGAGCUAGGAGACACUCGUAGUGAAAUCAAGGGGCUCAGAACUGCUGAUGUAUUGAAGGCAAAGGCUGUUGAGGAGCUGGCAAAUGAAUUAAAUAAAUUGGAUGAGAAGCUCCGACUCAACGAGGCUCUUCUUGAGCAAAAGAAUCUUGACAUUAAGAAGCUUACAAAUGAAAAGAAAGAGGCUUUGGCUGCACAAUAUGCUGCAGAAGCAACUGUUAGAAGGGUUCAUGCAGAUCAAAAGGACGACGAUUCUUUUCCUAUUGAAUCAGUCAUCGCUCCUCUAGAAGCAGACAUCAAGAUGUAUAAACACGAGGUGAUGACACUGCAGGAGGAGAAGAGGGCUUUGGAACGACUCACUAAGUCGAAAGAAACUGCACUGCUUGAAGUGGAGAAGAUUCUUAAAAGUGCUCUAGAGAGGGCACUGGUUGUAGAGGAGAUUCAGAACCAGAACUAUGAGCUUAAACGACAAAUUGAGAUCUGCCAGGAGGAGAACAAAAUCCUUGAGAAAACAAAUCGUCAAAAGGUGAUUGAGGUCCAAAAACUUGGAGAAACCAUUCAGGAACUUGAGGAGGCUAUUCUAGUUGGUGGAGCAGCAGCUAACACCAUCCGUGACUACAGGAGACGGAUCUCUGAACUAAAUGAAGAGAACCGGACAUUGGAAAGAGAGCUGGCAAGAAUCAAGGUCUCAGCUAACCGGGUAGCAACUGUAGUGGCUAAUGAAUGGAAGGAUGAAAAUGACAAAGUUAUGCCAGUUAAGCAGUGGCUAGAAGAAAGAAGGGUUAUGCAGGCUGAAAUGCAACGACUAAGGGACAAGUUAGCCAUAUCAGAGAGAAGAGCUAAUACCGAAGCACAACUUAAGGACAAACUCAAACUGAGACUAAAGACGCUGGAAGAAGGUUUGAAGCAAACACCUAAUAUAACUGUCAAUCAAAAAGCUUCUUCUGGAAGCCCAAAACCUGGAAACUCUAGCAGUACUGAGAAUGUAUCUAAUGGUGAAAGGAUGAGGUCUGUAUCACAGCCAAGGGCGUCCGCCAUUAAUAGAAAUUUACAAAAACCGAUUUUAGAGAAGGAACUUAAACGGGGAAAUAGCUUGAAAAUGAGAUAUGGGUUUGGAGAGCUUCUUGUAAGAAAAGGUUUGUGGUCAUCCAGAAGUAAGGUUGGUAAUAUUGAUGAACUAGAAAGAGCUAAGACGGGUAAAGAAAAUGACGUGAACAUCGACAAGAUGAAGGAGAAUGGAAGUGAAGUUCUAGACAAUGUUGAACCAUAUGUCGCUGUGAGAGAAGAUUCAGAAAGUAUUACAGGCUUGAAUCCUCAGACGGAUGACUCAGUGUCGGGGUUUCUGUAUGACAAGCUGCAGAAAGAGGUCAUAAGUCUUAGAAAGUCUUGCGAGAAGAAAGAUAACAAUUUAAGUGCAAAAGAUGAAGAAAUUAAGGUACUCAUGAAGAAGGUAGACACAUUAGUAAAAGCUCUGGAGGUGGAGUCUAGGAAAAUUAAGAGGGAAACAGCGGAAAGGGAAAAGAAUUCAGCGGCAAAUAUGAUUAAUGGCUACAACAAUAGCAGAAAAACAAAAAGUGGUGUGAAAUGACAAAAGUUGGAUGAAUGUGGCACAAUGAUUCAGAAUUGAAGUGGUUCAUCAGCCACUUGUGUGUAUAUCAGUGUGAUAAUGAGUAUAUGAUGUGAAUAUGGAUAGAUAGCAUCCGAGAGAAAAGAGCUGAAUAGUGAAAUGUUGAACACUUUAUUUAUUGUGGUAAUAACAUUAUUUAUCCCUGUUAUUAAUUUAA